GCCCCUCCCCUCGGCGGGGCGCACGUGGGUCCCGGAGGGAGGGAGGGAGGGAGGGAUGUCUCCCUGGCGGCUGCGUCCCUCGCUGCUGGUGGCGGGCUCGACGCUGGCCUUCGGGGGCCUCCGCUGGGCCCUGCGCCGCCUCCCGCUCCCGGCCCACGUCCGCCUCGACGCCACCCGCACCUGGCGCUGGAGGAACCUCCUCGUCUCCUUCGCCCACUCCGUCGUGGCCGGCAUCUGGGCCGUCGUUGGGAUCUGGCAGAUCCCAGAAGGCAUCUUUGCAGAUCUGGUCCAGACCUCCACUCCUUCGGGGCGUUUGCUGAUGUGCGUUUCGGCCGGUUAUUUCAUCCACGACUCCUUGGAUAUCAUCAUCUGCCACCAGGCGCGAGCCUCCUGGGAGUACCUGGUCCACCAUGCGAUGGCCGUUUCGGGCUUGUUCUCGGCCAUCUACCUGGACCGCUUUGUGGCGGCCGCCUUGGUCUCGCUCUUUGUGGAGGUGAGCAACAUCUUCCUGACGCUGCGGAUGAUGAUGCGCCUGGGCCGGCUGCCCUUCCGCACCUUCUACAAGGUCAACAAGUACGUCAACCUGGGCAUGUACUUCCUCUUCCGCCUCUUCCCGCAGGCCUACCUGACCUGGUAUUUUGUCCGCUACGUGGAGCUGCGGGGCCAGGGCCUCUUCCUCAUGGUCAACCUGGUGCUCCUGGACGGCAUGAUCCUGGUCUACUUCUCCCGCCUCCUGCGCACGGACUUCUGCCCAAGCGCCCACAAGGACGGGCCCGAGAGCGAGAGGAAGUUCCUCAACGACUAAAGCCGGCCUGGAGGCUCCGCUUCCACCGCCACCGGCGUGCCUUAAACUGCGGCGUUCUCUCUUUUUUCUUUGGGACCAAAUAAGAGUUUGGGCCCCUUUUUUGGACUGGGUUUUGGCCUUCUUUCCCAAAAGGAAAUCCGGUCCGAUCCCAAACAGGAAGCGAAAGGAAAAUGAAUGUGAGUUGGAAGAUGUGACGCGUGAGAUAAAGAGUUUGUCUGCCUGCUAUGUUUUGUUUUCUCGAGUUUGGAAGUGCAGUGUUUUGUGUUUUGUUUGCAAAGGGGAGGGUUGUUUUAUGCAUUAAAAAAAUCUGUUCCCAACCUCA